CAUUACCUUCCAAUGCAACACCAACGACAAGCACAAUGGCGGAUAGCUGUACGGAACUGGACGACGUCCUCAUGAAGUACUACCUCUGUCCUAUGUACGCCCUGGAGUUUACCUUGGGUUUCCUGGGUAACCUAGUGGUCGUCCUGGGUUACCCGCUGUGCCUGCAGAAAUGGCGGAGUACCAAUGUCUACCUGUACAACCUGGCGGUGUCCGACAUCAUCUGUGUGUGCGCUCUGCCCCGCCUCUCCUACCUGUACGCCAACAACAUGGAAGAAACAUCUCCUGUCAACUGUGUUCUCAACCGCUACAUCCUCUUCGUCAACAUGUACGCCAGCGUCCUCUUCAUGGCUCUGGUCAGUCUGGACCGCUACCUGCUGCUCUGCCACCCUGCUCGCGGCCACAUCCUCCUGACACCACGCAUGGCCAUCCGCAUCUCCAUCCUCACCUGGCUCCUCGUCAACCUCGAGAUGACCCCUCUGGUCUACUACGCCAUCAAGGACAACGCCCGCUGGAACGGCACCGUGUGCCAUGACUUUGCCAGCCUCUCGAGGUCCUGGGACUUCCUGGGCUACAGCUUGGGUCUGACUGUCGUGGGGUACAUCCUGCCCCUGGUGGUCCUCUUCUGGAGCACUCAGAAGAUCGCCUCCAUGCUGAAGACUCAGGAGAAGGCCUUCCAGCAGCGGGUAACCUCAUUCAGGAGGCCACUGCGUGUAGUGAGGGCAGCGGCAUACAUGUUCCUGCUCCUCUACUUGCCAUACCACAUCAUGAGGAACAUACGCAUCCUUACACGACUGCUGGUUGGCAGUAUGUCCACAUGCACCAUUGUGAAAAUCGAGGUGGUGUACAUCAUAACAAGGCCGAUAGCUUACGCACACAGCGUCAUCAACCCCAUCUUUUACUUCUUGAUGACAGAACGUUUCCGUGAGCAGCUCCUGGCCAGGGGUCAGCAGAUGAGAACUAGACUCACUGGCUUCUGCUGCAAAACAUCAUGAAUGGACAAGACAAGCAAACAGGACCCAAUGCCCACCACCCUUGUCAAGGCAUGUCUCCCCACCUCAUGCCAUACAAUGGCCAACAUAAUUAAUACCUCACUGGAGAGUGGAGUGGUGCCUACCAGCUUUACAAUGACUGUAGUCAUCCCAACCCUCAAAAAACCUGGUCUUGACCGGGAUGACCCCAACAACUACCGCCCAAUCUCCUCAGUAAAAUCCUGGAAAGAGCAGAGUGGCUGCCCAGCUCCUGAGUCACAUGUCCCAUCACGAUCUCUUCGAACCCCUCCAAUCUGGCUUCAGAGCACACCACAGCAGAGAGACCUCCCUCAUUGAAAUCACAAAUUACCUCAUCGCCGCUGACAACAGUCUCGCCAGCAUCCUCAUCCUCCUGUACCUCUCUGCAUCCUUUGACACCGUCUCUCACAUCAUCCUCCUCCACCGCCUCUCUGAAUUCAUCAGCCUCACUGACACACUCACCUGGUUCCGGUCUUAUCUUUCAAGCAGGAAACGAUUCCUCUCCAUGAACCUCCCGUCUGGACUAAUGAUAGUAAUUGAUCCCCUUGGGGAUCAAUAAAGUAUCUAUCUAUCUAUCUAUCUAUCUAUCAAUGAUGUCCUGUCUGGUCUGCCCAGAAAGGCCCUUGACAGGCUACAAUAUGUCCAGAACGCAGCUGCCAGGGUCUUAACACGCACAAAACCCUGGCAGCACAUCAUUCCCCAUCCUGAUAAAGCUUUGCUGGCUGCCAGUCAAGUCACAAAUCAAUUUCAAAAUCCUUCUCACCUACAAAUCCCUCCAUGCACUUGCCAGUCAAGUCACAAAUCAAUUUCAAAAUCCUUCUCACCUACAAAUCCCUCCAUGCACUUGCACCCCAGUAUCUUACUGAUCUCCUCCACCCUUACAGUCAAUCACAGUCCCUGGGGUCCUCUGACAAGAAUCAGCUUGCCAUUCCCCGCACCCUUUGGGGACAGAGCCUUCUGCGCUGCUGCCCCCAGUCUAUGGAAGAUUCUACCCCUCCACAUACACACUGCCCCCACCCUACUGUAGUAGGUGUGUUCAAAAAACAUCUAAUUUGUUCUCCAAGGACUUCCCAACUCCUUCAUUUUGUUUGUUAAGCGACCUUGGGUAUCCUGAAAGGCGCUAUACACAUUUAAGCCAUUAUUAUUAUUAUUAUUAUUAUUAUUAUUAUUAUUAUUAUU